AUGUCCAGGCCGCCCACCCGACCGAUCAAACGCCUUCUCGUCGCAAACAGAGGAGAGAUUGCGACGAGAAUCAUAGCAUGUGCUCGAGAGUUGGGCAUCGAGACCUUCGCCAUUUAUGUCGUCGACGAUGAUUCGCAUACUCUUGGAGCAGCUCACGCUAUCAAGCUUGAUAAUGCUUCUGUAUUCAUGAGCAUCAAGGACUUGCUACAAGUCGUUAAGACUCAUCAUAUCGAUGCUGUUCAUCCAGGAUAUGGGUUCCUCUCUGAGUCGGAGGAGUUCUCAAAGAGAUUGUGGAACGAGGCUAAUACCGUUGUUAUUGGUCCUGGAUGGGACAUUCUCGCCAAAACUGGAGACAAACUGCAAGCUAAAUCACUUGCCGCACAGUGCCAAGUACCGUCAAGUCCGGCUCUCGAUCAACCCACAGACAGUCUAGGAAACAUCCAGAAGUUUGCAGCAAAGGCAGGCUACCCUCUGAUGGUCAAGGCUGUCGAUGGUGGUGGUGGUCGAGGCAUUCGCCUCGUUCGCAAGCAGGAGCAGCUAGAGUCAUCAUUCAAGCGGGCGCUUGAAGAAAGCCCUUCGAGACAAGUCUUUGCAGAGAGAGCAGCGGUUGAUGAUUUCCACCAUAUUGAGGUUCAGAUCAUUGGUGAUGGUACCGGUAACGUGACACACCUCUGGGAACGUGAAUGCAGCAUACAAAGGCGUUAUCAAAAGGUCGUCGAGUAUGCUCCGAGUCUGAUCAGCGACCGCAGACUGAUCGCGCAGGUUGUCAAUGCUGCGCUCAAGAUUGCAAGCCAUGUCCGGUAUUUCUCAUUAGGGACCUUCGAGUUCUUGGUCAACCCAAGAACAAAGGAGUACUACUUUCUCGAGGUCAAUCCUCGACUACAAGUUGAGCAUACCAUUACAGAAAGUAUAGCAACCACAGAUCUUGUGCGAUGCCAGCUUCUUCUUUCUCAAGGAGCUACUCUUGAUGUUUGCAGCUUGACGAGAAUAAGUCGCGAACCUGAGACUCUACCACCACUGCACAGUAUACAACUACGGAUUACUGCCGAGAACGUCGAGAAUAAUUGGUCGCUAUCGAUUGGCAAGGUUACGCGAUUUAGAUUUCCGACAGGUAAUGGCAUCCGCGUCGACACGCAUUUGGUCAACGGACAUGCCACAACGGUGUCAACCGACUUCGACAGUCUUGUUGCGAAGCUGGUAAUUACAGGCUCUUCCUGGCAUGAGACUGUACGAAAAGCUCAGCGUGCAUUGGAAGACACUUCCAUAUCUGGCGUACAAACCAAUAUCGGCAUGUUGAAAGCAAUUGUGGCGCACCGGGACUUCCUGGAAGGUGACUGUGACACUCGUUGGUUGGAGGAUAACCAGACGGAACUGCUUGAAGCCAGCCGACAAUAUUUCACAACACACAAAAGCCUCAUCCCAGACUCGACAUUGUCUAUGGUCAACUCGACAGCAAGCGCCAUCCUCCGCAAAGGCGACGCAUGGUCUGCCAUGAUCUCCUCACCAACCAGUAAAGGUGAAAGCGACGCACCAUGUCACGUCAAGUUGACCCGGGUCUUUCGCAACGAUUUCCCAGGACACUUGAGUGCCGAGCUACUCUUCUCAACACCAUCCCAGGAACCGAUACCUUACAAGAUUACACUCUCCUCAACAUCUGCAACAGCUGCUGCGACGACGUCACAACAGCGACGUGGCGACCCAUCGAACUCAUCCCACAUCAUCGUACCCUUCCCCGGCAAACUGAUGGAGGUGCUGGUGCAAGAAGGAGACGUUGUAAAACAAGACGAUGUCGUAUGCGUCAUACAACAGAUGAAGAUGGAGCUUGAGGUUCGCUCGCCGAGGAGUGGAGUUGUUACAUGGAUCACCGAGUCAGACGAUGGCGAAGACGUUGCGGAAGGUAUGCUGGCUGCUAUAAUCACGCCACAGAAAGGGACAAAGUUGUGA